AUGAAACUCCUCACGGCCGUCUCCCUCGGUCUCUCCGCGCUCUUCGCAGCAGCGGCCCCUUCUUCCCAACAAGACCACGCCAUCAACAACUAUCCCACCGAUAAGCCCCCGACCAUCGAGAACAAGCAGUGGGUGCCCAUCGCCAGCUACAUCAAGAACAACUGCCCCUUCUCCAUCUGGGUGCGGCAGGCAAACUGCGAGAACCCCGGCGAGACGGCGUACAUGGAGGUCAAGAGCAACGAGGGCUAUUGGCCCCCAUGGCGCGCCUGGAACAACCGCUGCUCGCAAGCCGUGAAAAUCGGCCGCUCCGCCGCCAGCAUCCACAAUGUCUACCAAGUCGAGUACAGCAUGGACUACGACGACAGCGUGUGGUACGAUCUGAGCAGCCUGGACGGCGACCCGUUCCACGACGUCGCGCGCUUCAUAGAGGUCGAUCCGUCGCCCAAGUGGUGCAAGCGCAUGUAUUGCGGGCCGGGCCACGGGCCCCAGGACUGCGAUUGGCCGCACAAGCCUGAGACGCGGUGCGCGCCUGCCGCGGAUGUCAAGUUCUACCUUUGCUAG